UAUAAACGGAAGUAAACAGUAUCUAAGAACAAUUUCCACGUUAGCGUUUUUGUUGUUAUUUAGACGUUUAUUAACAUCCUGGAACUCAAACGAUGACUCAUUUAACUGCACAGCAUCACAUACUUACCCCAUGUAGUAUUUAAUCCGCGUUGGAAACAGGAGUUGAUUAAUAGAGGUUAGCUAUCUAGGUAACGCUACCUAGCUGCUAAGUUAGUUAACAAUGGCUGCUGACUGUAUGGUUUUUCACACUCAAAUAGCCUCCAUAAUGGAGGUGCUAGCGAAUGCAGCCGUGGCAGAGGUCUGUAAACUCGUUGACGACGACUAUGCAGUGUUUCGGUUGGAAAUAACUCACAGCCAGAAAGAAAACAGUGCAUUGCGGAGGAAACUACAGCUUCUGGAACUGAAAUUGUCACGGGAGCGCGCAGAGAGGACAAUGCGAGAGCGCGUCCUCGCCAGUCGUCCCAGAAGUGUCAAGGUCCUCGACCGAUACAGAGGAAUGGCAAGAGGUGAAGGAGAUCUCACUGGAGGCCACAGGAGCUUUGUGAAGCCAGCUGGACACAAUACAUGGAGAGUUGACCAAACAAUCACUGUUGAUGAGGGGAUUCAAACCUCAACCCAGCACGUUAUCAUAAUAGAGGAUACAGAGGCUGUAGGUCCUGGGGUCAAGCUUGAGAGGUCUGAAGGAGAGGAGGACCCACAGCAUUGCAGAGACAGCCAGACUGCAGCAGCUGGAGCUUCCCCUGAAGCCAUGGAGGACCUCGCCGCCGCUCCCAUGCCCAGGACCCAACGCAGCAUCACGGAGGAGGAGAGUCCAGAGGUGCUGCUGGUGAAGGAGGAUGGUUGUGAGGAGAGACUGGGGAACCCUGAGGGGACCAUGGUCAUGGAAAACAACCAAACAACACCUCCUCCUGAACCCACAGAGGAACCAGCUGAGCAGCACAGGACCCCACACAGUCUCACUGAGCCAGUAGACAUGGAGGAUGGGAAGCCUGAUCUGUUGCUUGUCAAAGAGGAGACAAUAGAGGACGGACCAGAGAGCAUUGACCUGCUGAGUGGACUAAAGGUUGGGGAGCAAGGUGGUUGGCUGGAGGAUUACAGAGGAGACUGGGCGGCCAUCUUGGAUUCCCAGACCCAGACGGGUGCAGCCAAGAGCCAGGGGGAUGACAUCACCGAGCAGGCCAGGACCAGAGGCAACAUAGUGGAGGUCAGUGGAUGGGACAGCAUCCUCAACUCUAGGCUGAGGAACAACACUGUUAACCACAACCAGAAAAAGACAAUCGAACACAAAACAACAACCAAACUUAGUGUCCAUGACAACAGACUAGCUGAGGCCAGGAUGAGACAUAGAUUUGGUCCGGGGGUACGGGGAGGUGUCCGUAUGCAGCUGGAGAGAACAGACACAGACUCGGCUAGUGAUGCUCCUUCCUGCUCCUAUAGUUGUGAUUCAGAGAGACUGAUGGCACCUCAGGUUAACCCCCUAACAGAUUCUGCCUUCAGCCUGCCUUCUAUAGGAUCUAUCAACUGGAACAUGGACCCUGGGACAACACAGACACUCCUUGGCCUUUGUUCUCCUCACACUCCCCUAAUGUUAAACCAGACCUCAGACAAUGCCAGUGCCUCAACACUGAGUGGCUACACAAGCGCAUCGACAAAUGACAGUAGUAGAGAUGGAAUCAGUAAAGGUGGCGGCGCCAAAGAAAAGCACUUCCCGUGUUCGUUCUGUGGGAAAGCCUUCAGUUUCCCCAAACAGGUGGCGAUCCACCAGAGGAUGCACACGGGGGAGAAACCGUUCGGCUGCCACUUGUGCCGGGCCAGUUUUUCAGACUCGUCCAACCUGAAGAGGCACCAGAGGGUCCACACAGGGGAGAAACCCUACAGCUGCCCCCAGUGUGAGAAGAGGUUCUCCCACCAGCCCCAUCUGAAGAGGCACCUGAAGAUCCACACUGGAGAGAAGCCAUUUGCCUGUACGCACUGCGGGAAGAGGUUCUCAGAGAGGGGCUACCUCAGAAUACACCAGCAGAAAAUGCACAUCGCCCAUGUAUAGAGAGUAUAGUGACAUGUAAUGUAGUACUAGUUAGUUUGGUUGAUUUUGGGUGUAUAGUGAACUGGAUGAGGUGAACUGAGGAGAGAAUGAGUGUGAUGAGGCAGAGUAGAUGAUAUGGUGAUGGUGUCUGUACAAAUGCUUCACAAUUUUGUCCUGUUCUUUGUUGUUGGUGUUUAUUUAUGAGGCAAUUAUAGUGCCCUAAUAGUACUUAAUUUUAUGUGAGUGUAUGACCAUUUUGUUUAAAUUAAAUGCAAAAUUGACUCUG